CUUCGUUGAGAGAAAGCAAAUCUCUCUUGGCAGACGCAAUGGCAUCACGCAGGUCGAGGUCUCCGUCGACCCCUUCUGAGGGUGAGAUCAUCGAAUCAGGUUCAGAGACGAAGGCAACUACGUCGCAACUUCCUCUUAAUGGCAGCAGCAUUGACCGUCCCACCAGAGCUAGUUCAUCCGCCCCCAGAUCACCAGCUUCGUUGAGCAGAUCGCCCCGCCACCGGAGGUCGAGGACCAGAACCAGAUCGCCCUCCCGCACCCGGUCCCGCUCCCCGUACCGCGAUUACAGAGGCUACAAACGUCGCCGGGACGAUGGCUAUGAUCGUGACUAUGAACAUGACGACCGCCGAUCCCGAUACGAACCCGCCCGCCGCGUCGGGUCCCGAUACGAUGAUAGUAGGUACGCCGGCCGCAGCGGGCAAUCUCACCGCCGAGCCAGGCCCUACUACGACUAUGAUCGGGAAGAGAACUUUGGCGAGGGUCUUCGAUAUAGCGACGACUCGGAUCGUCGCAGGGACAAACGUGCCCGCACCCGCAGCCGAUCGCCCUUCCGCGAAGUGCGGAAACCAAAGCAGUACUCUGGGGAUGAGUGGGAAGUCCAGAGAGGUGAUAACGUCGCGUCUCGCGAUUAUAGAAGGAGGACUUCUAUUGAACAGUCAGUGAGCGAGCGGGGGAAUCCUCCAGUCGUCGCUCGGGAUCUAAAACCACAUGCUGAAAUUCAGAAACCUCAGGUGCAUCAAAACUCUGGGACCUCUAGUGAUCGUCUUAACAGUGUGAAUAAUGCGCAACCUUCCGAAACCCAGGAGGAGCAACAGCCUGUCGAACCAGUGGAUGAGGCCGCCCAAUUGGAAGCUCGUCGCAAACGGCGUGAGGCUAUCCGCGCGAAAUACCGUGGUCAAGCGACGCCGUUGCGUCUGCAGGCUCUCCAGAUUGGAAGUGAUAGGGAUUCAGCAACCCCGAGCGCUGAGACGGUCGCUUCCGUUACCACGAAUAGCGCUCUUUCAGAUGCAGCACCGCAGUCGGCUCCUCAAACGCCUAAUGACAGUCCGGAUUCUUUCCCUGAUUUCAGAGUUGACAAGGAAGAUGGUUCGCUUAACAACGGUGCACCUGUAGAUGGUGCGGAUAAAGAUGAAGUUUCCGCAGCAGACUACGACCCUACAAUGGACAUGAGAGCCGAAAAGGAAAAGCACGAUACUCGCAGCUCAACCGAGGAUGUUUCCGCGGCGGCUUAUGAUGAAACUCAAACGACCAAACAGGACAUCUUGCUCCCUGAUGCGGAGCAGCCUGUACCACAAGCCAAGGCGAGAGAUCCCUACGAUAUGUUUGCGGAGGACGAUGACGACGAUAUGUUCGCCGAAGAUCCGCGUGACACGGCGCAGCCUACGCAUGCCUCGGCCAUGUCCGCCAUUCCACAGCCCAAAGAGCUGGACGUCAGUAUGCUGGACAAUUGGGACGAUCCGGAGGGUUAUUACAAUGUGCGGCUCGGUGAGUUGAUCAAUGGGCGAUACCAUGUGCAGCAGAAUCUUGGCAAAGGCAUGUUUUCAUCUGUAGUGCGCGCCACCGACUCGAAGACUGGCGGUUUGGUUGCGAUCAAGAUCAUCCGUCAAAACGACACGAUGCGGAAAGCGGGCAUGAAGGAAAUUGGUAUUUUGGAGCAACUCCGCGAGGCGGACCCCGAGGACAAGAAACACGUCAUCAGAUUCGAGCGGUAUUUCGAGCACAAGGGCCACUUGUGCAUGGUGUUUGAGAACCUGGGCAUGAACCUGCGGGAGCUUGUAAACAAGAAGGGCCGCGACACCGGGCUGAAUCUCACGGCGAUCCGGGUUUAUGCGCAGCAAAUCUUUUUGGGUCUCAGCUUGUUUCGUAAGUGCAACAUUCUGCACGCCGAUCUGAAGCCCGAUAAUCUCCUGGUCAAUGAGCACUACAAUGUUCUCAAGGUGUGUGACCUGGGGUCAGCGUCCCCGGCGACGGAUAACGAAAUAACGCCAUACUUGGUCAGUCGGUUCUACCGGGCGCCGGAGAUCAUCCUGGGGAUCCCGUACGAUCACGCCAUCGAUGUAUGGUCGAUUGGCUGCACCUUAUUCGAGAUCGCUACGGGGAAGAUCCUUUUUACGGGGCGAAACAACAAUCAGAUGCUACGCUCGAUCAUGGAAUGCCGUGGCAAAUACCCGCCGAAGCUCCUCCGGCGCGGGUCGCUGGCGCACCUGCACUUCGACGAUAUGCUGAAUUUCCACAGCCAGGAGGAGGACAAGAUCACGGGGCGUCCGGUGGUACGGAUGAUGGACUUCAAGAAGCCGACGCGCGAUCUGCGGACGCGGCUGAUGGGCAAGGGGACCCGCGGAAUGACGGAGAGCGAAACCAAGGAGCUGACGUUGUUCUUGGACCUGCUGGAACGUUGCCUGAACCUCAAUCCGGAGAAGCGAUGCACGCCGGCGGAGGCGUUGCGACAUCCGUUCAUCUCGCGACCGAAGGUGUAAUAGUUGGGGCGAGUUUUGCUAGUGGUUCGGAGAUGAUUUGUACAUAUUUAGUCAUGGUGGUACUUGGUACAACUGCACACACAUAUCUUAGCAGUAAUGUAUGCAUCGG